UCUUUCAGGAUGUUGCAAUGAAAGUGGCUAAUAUUGCUUUGACUCAAUCACAAUUGUCACAGUAAAUGGAAACGUUGAUAGUGUUAACUAACAGGGAAAACAAUAGAAAGUUCAAUCUUGUGCUUCUCUCCGUGGGAUGAUAUUACCUCUGCGCUCAGCGUGGCUGUCCCGGGGGAGCUGCGCAGCAGUCUCUGGGCUACGGCCCCUGCUCGCAGUUUAGAGGGAACAUUGCCUCAGCCUAUAUCUUUGGCUCCACUGUUACUUUAACUCAGAGCUGCUCCUAAUAGUAAUCUAUUGGAGCUCUGUAAACCAAUCAUGUGRCGAACUGUACAAAGAGAUCUAGUCCCUCCCCCAGCCUCAACACCAUAUCCCCUACAAUGAACAGAGCUGGGAGAGACAUAGCUGGGCUCACAUCGAUGUACAAGUAUUGGAUUUAGCCGUUCAUUUAAGAAAUUGCUGGGUAUUUGGUAAUUGCAUUGCAUUCUCUUGCGAUGUGUGACGGAUCAAGUGCUUUAUCUAUUGCACGCUAUUUGUGGAGAUGUGGACGCUAGUCAAGAUUAAGAUUUUUCCAUGGCUGGCACUAUGGAUGUUCUUUCUCUUGUGGAAUACAAUAGAGGCGCAGACUCGAUACACCAUUCCCGAGGAACUGGACGUGGGCUCUGUUGUUGGAAAUAUAGCUAAGGACUUGGGCUUUGACAUCGCUAAGAUCUCUGAUCGCAAACUGAGGAUAGCCCCCGGGGCUGGUAAGCAAUAUUUCGCUGUGGAUUUGGGAAAGGGCGAGCUCAUUGUAAAUGAACGGAUAGACAGAGAGAGUCUGUGCGGACAAAGCGCGAGUUGUUUGUUACCUCUGCAGGUUAUCAUUGAGGAUCCACUUCAGUUUUAUCGUGUUGAGGUGGAAAUACUGGAUAUAAAUGACAAUUCUCCACUUUUCAUGUCAGGCGAGAACACUAUAAAAGUGCCCGAAUCAACUCUAUCUGGUGUUCGGUUUCGUUUGGAAACGGCACAGGACCGUGACGUCGGGAUAAAUUAUUUGCGCUCAUAUUCUCUGAAUAAAAAUGACUUCUUUGCUUUGAACGUUAAAAACAAUAAAGACGGCACAAAGGUUGCCGAGCUUGUUCUGGAAAAGACUGUUGACCGGGAACAGCAGCCGGUGCACAACCUAAUCCUUACUGCGGUUGAUGGAGGUACUCCGGCAAGAUCUGGAACCACGCAUGUUACUGUGAUGGUGAUAGACAUAAACGACAAUGCGCCUAGUUUUGACCAAGACUUGUAUGAAAUCCAACUGAGUGAAAAUGCAAUACCCGGGACAUUAGUAUUGACAGUUAGAGCCAACGACUUGGAUGAAGGCCCGAACAGUAAAAUAGAGUAUUCAUUCGAAUCGCAUACAGCAGAUUCCAUUCAAAAGCUAUUUGUAAUCAAUGAAGACACAGGAGCUAUUACUUUAUCCGACGCAUUAGAUUACGAAAAAAGUCCUUCAUAUAAAUUUGAUGUAUGCGCUAGAGACAAAGGCACGCCAUCUAUGGAGGCACACAGUGGUGUCCAGGUAACUAUUGUAGAUGUUAAUGAUAACUCACCUGAGAUAACCAUCACCUCCUCACCCAAACCCGUUAGAGAGGAUGCCCCAGUAGGUACCAUGGUAGCWCUAAUUAGUGCAAAGGAUUUGGACUCGGGAGAAAAUGGUCAAGUUUCCCUUCGUAUGUCUUCAGAUUACCCUUUCAAAUUAAACCCCUCAUUUGCAGAUCAUUACGCACUAGUAACACAUGCAACUUUAGACCGGGAGAAAUAUCCUGAAUACCGUAUUGAGCUUGAAGCAUCGGACUCAGGGUCCCCAGCUUUGACCUCCAGAGAGAGAUAG